AUAUAAAUUUUCCUUUCACAAUUCACGUGUACUUAAAACGCAUUAUAACUCAUGUUUCAUACGUAAUUAUUCAUUAUUGCUUAUGUUUAAUUCUAGUAUUAUCAUUGUACAAUAACAAUGUGUGUUUGAAACAUAUUAUUCAGUUAAAUGCGAAAAAAAUAAAGCUACGGGACAACUUUCUUCAUAAUCCGUUAGUUCUCUUGUAUACUUCUUUUCGUAUCGCUCUGCUACUUGAAGCUGAAGUUGGAGCCUUCAGUUUGGGUCAACUCUUCAACCAGAUAGUAUAUCUGUUCUAUAAGUAAAUGUUAUAAUUUUAAAUAACAAGUACGUCUUAAUACAGCGUACAGUGCAACUGGUAUCUGUACUCUAUGAAAGUUUAUCAUCUUAACAUCACUUCAUCGUUUGUGUUUACUAAAAUUUUUUGAUCGGAGCACUGUUCUAGUAAAAAAAACUUUACCAGCUGGAUUAAAUCUCAAUCUAACAACAGCUUCCAGAUUCUUGAGAAACAAGUAUGGCGGAAGCUCAUUCAGCCGUUGCAUUCAGUUUUUCAAUUACUCAUGAAGGAUGGGAUGUUAAUUUUGAUAGGGAAGUCCUUCAUCUAGUUUGGGAAUCUGGUCUAAGAUCAUGGAAAAAAAGAUUCUUUAGAUUCCAGAAUAAUCUAAAGACAGGAGUUUAUCCAGCAUCGUUGAAGAGUUUAUGGCUUACUAUAGCUAUUGUGACAACUAUACAUUUUACUGGAUUUAAAGUUCCUUAUGAUCUCGUUGGUAGGAUUGCUCCUUAUCUUACAGGAUCUUCAAUACCAGCUCAUCUAGCUGCUUCAGUUGUUGUUGGAUUAGUUUUGUGGCUGGUAGUAAUUUACACCCUGAGAUAUUGUUUGAAAUUACUACUGAUGUACAAAGGAUGGAUGUUAGAUACUCGACAGCGUAAAAUAUCUUUUACUACUCGAAUAUGGUUGAUUUUGGUGAAACUAUUGUCAGGAUGGAAUAAACCUAUGUUGUAUAGCUUCCAAGGUUCACUGCCACGACUGCCAUUGCCAUCAGUCAAAGAUACUACUAGAAGGUAUUUGCGAAGUGUAAGGCCACUACUUGACGAUGAAAACUUCAAACGUAUGGAAAAACUAGCAAAUGAAUUCGAAAAAGGCAUCGCAGUAAAACUUCAACGUUAUCUAAUUCUCAAGUCCUGGUGGUCGAGUAAUUACGUGUCUGAUUGGUGGGAAGAGUACGUAUAUCUACGUGGUAGAUCUCCAAUAAUGGUCAACUCAAACUUUUAUGGUAUUGACGCAAUUCUUAUGCAUCCAACUAAAAUACAAGCAGCUCGAGCUGCCAACACUAUCCAUUGGUGUUUGCAGUAUAGACGAAGUAUCGAACGUCAGGAGCUAGAACCGAUAAUGUUGCAAGGUAUUGUUCCCCUGUGUUCUUGGCAAUAUGAGAGACUCUUCAACACAACGAGGACACCUGGAAUUGAAACUGACAAAAUAGUACAUUUUAAUGACUCCAAACAUAUUGUUGUUUAUCACAAAGGUCGAUAUUACAAGCUUUUAAUCUACUAUAAAAAUAGGAUUCUUCUACCAUGCGAGAUUGAGCAGCAGAUUAAUUAUAUCCUGACACACGAGGCAGCUCCGUUACCUGGUGAACAAAAACUUGCAGCCUUAACGGCUACAGAUAGAACAACAUGGGCGAAAGCAAGAAUAGAUCACUUUGCUAAAGGAAUUAAUAAAACUUCUUUGGAUUUAAUUGAAAAGUCUGCUUUUGUUGUUGUUCUUGAUGACCUACCUUACGAAUACGACCCUGCACAUCCAGAAAAAUUAGAUCAAUAUGGAAGAAUAUUGUUGCAUGGAAAAGGUUAUGAUAGAUGGUUUGAUAAAUCUUUUAACCUUUGCAUUGGAACAAAUGGACGUAUUGGUUUUAAUGCUGAACAUUCAUGGGCUGAUGCAGCAGUAAUGUCACACUUAUGGGAAAGUGUGGUAGCCACAGAUGUUACAUGUAACAUAUAUAAAGAAGAUGGACAUACAGCUGGAACUCCAGAAUUUUCAUUGACUCCUUCACGUUUACAGUGGGAUCUUACUCCAGAAUGUAUUGAUGUUAUAGAGCAAGCUUAUGAGGUAGCACACAAGCUACUGAACGAUGUUGAUCUUCGUAUUUACGUUCAUGAUCAUUAUGGCAAAGGAUUCAUGAAAAAAUGUAAAAUGUCACCCGAUGCUUAUAUUCAAAUGGCAUUGCAACUUGCUUACUAUAGAGAUGCUGGUAAAUUUUGUCUUACUUAUGAAGCUUCCAUGACAAGACUCUUCCGAGAAGGACGAACCGAAACAGUCCGUCCUUGUACAAUUGAAUCAUAUAACUGGGUUAAAGCAAUGGAAAAUAAAUCUUCAAGUAUUGAAGAAAAAUAUAAUUUAUUAAAAACGGCAGCACUGCAACAUCAAGUAGGAUAUCAAGAAGCAAUGUGUGGAAAAGGAAUAGACAGGCAUCUGUUCUGCUUAUAUGUUGUAUCUAAAUAUUUGGAAGUCGAUUCACCUUUUUUGAAAGAAGUUUUGAGUGAACCGUGGAAAUUGUCGACAUCUCAAACUCCUCAUGGACAAACAUCUAAAUUAGAUUUAAAGAAAUUUCCAAAUUGUAUCUCAGCCGGUGGUGGAUUUGGGCCUGUUGCUGACGAUGGAUAUGGAGUUUCUUAUAUUAUUGCUGGAGAAGAUCUUAUAUUUUUCCAUAUUUCUAGUAAAACAAGUUCUCCUGAGACUGAUUCUGCAAGAUUUGCAAAGCGAAUUGAAAAAGCUCUUGCUGAUAUGAAAGAUCUAAUGAAUGCUGCUAAACAAUUGAGUGGACAAAAGAAUGGAUCGAUUUAGAUUAUUUAAUUAAGAAAAUUUUACGUUUAACAAUGCACAAUUGAAUCGAGCAAACUUGUUGCGGGUCGCAUAAAUACUGUUAUAUUAUAUAAUUGAUUUAGUCAAUUUCGGAAAAUGUGAUAAAUGAGAAUGAAAAAAUUUUAUAACGGUACUAUUUGGAUAAUAUUUUCAAAUUUAUCUUUACUUUUAGAUAGUAUUCGUGGAAUUGAUAAAAAGAUUUGUAACUCGAUUUACAUGAGCAACCUAUCAAUGCAAAAUACUUUAGUAGUAUACAUUAUUUUAUAUACAAUAAAUUUUUUCAAUUAUAUUAUUUUCUUUAUUAAUAUUAAUUAAGAGUGUUAUAAGUCCAUAUUUUAUAAAAUUGGUGCUUGUUGGAAUUAUUUAUAGAAUAUGAAUAAUUCAAUUAAAAGAAAAUAUGUAAUGAAAUUAAAAACUCUUUUUGAAUUAGAAUUAUUUCGUAUAACUUGUAUAUACCAGUGAUUGUUAAUGAAAAAAAAAUAUAUAAUAAAUUUCAAUGUUUGAAUUUCUUACAAA